AACAUUUCUGCUAAAAAUCACCCUUUAUGUUUAUUGUACUGAAAUUGAAUACUAAUAAAAGAUAUUUUCCCCAACAUUAUGAGAAUAUAAACAAAACUGAGCUAAUUUAAUCCAGCUUAGAAAAGUCACAGCCAGUGGCCUUAAUGUUACAUGUUGAUAGGGAAAUUCAAACUGCCUCUUAACUUACAAUGAAAAAUAUAAUCUUCCUAGAAAAACAAGUAAAUAAGCAUUAUAUAUUGUCUUAUGACUAAAAGUUACAUAUUGACAAACUAUCAUUUAAAGUAGAAUCUCAUAAGAAAGCUUUGUGUAAGUCAGCUAGUCUCAUGAUAAGAUAGCAAAUAAGUAUAAAUCAACAAAAACCAACUUCACUUCAACCUGGUUUUAUACUUAAUGUCUUCAAGAUACCUGACUUGUAAAUACUCUCCAGCAUUUAUCCUUUUUUAUAAAACAAGCUAUAAUGGCAGUUUUUAUAUUCUAAAGACUUGUGUCAGUAGCUCAAAGUUUCUCAAUUUCUUGAACUUUCUGGUUUCACCUUUACAUUUCUAAUCAAGGCGGAGCUUAAAGAGUUGGGAAACAAUCUGACCAUCCUAUAACUGCGAUGACCCUUUAGAAUCAAUAGUGAAAUGUUGGAUAUGGCAGGGAUUAUGUUGGAAAGGAAGAGAAAAGAACGUGUAAAAGGGAGAGAAAGGUGACAGGGCCUCUUUCUUACCCAAAAUGGCCAUCCAAGUUGGAAAGUUACUUUUCACAGUGGAGAGAACCAAAGUCCAACUGAUUGGCUACCUGAGAGGAUUGUGAAAAAGGACCCUAAUAUUUAUUGUGUGACACCCAUGUACUAGGUAAUGGUUUGCAGGCUCAGAAAGGCCAGAUAACUAGUCCAAGGUGCACAGCUAGUCGUUUAUGACUGAAAUCAGUAACUGUCUAAUGCCAAAUCCCUUCUACAACAUUAUACUCUCUCCUGGUUCAGGAAGUACGGGAACUUGGGAUUUGAGCAACCUGGAUUUUUACCCCAGGGUCAACCAAAACCUGGAAAAGGCUGGAGCUCUAUGUUUUGACUUGCAUAAAGUGCAAUAUCAAAAAAAAUUGGGACUAGUUAGUACCUUGUACCUUAUUAAAACUAGGGCUUAAUGUAGGAUGAUUGGUUUGGGUAGCCUUGCCUUAAUAGGACCUUUUGGCUGAUUCCUUCUCUGAAUGAGUCCCUGAGAAGUCCUAGAAUCUGGGGAGAGUAAGGAAGGGUCUGGAACCUUCUCUAUACACCAGGAAAUCACAGUUUUGCUAAGAAGUUGGCCCAAGGCUUGGUGGUGUCAACUCCAAAGACAAAUCCACACCUUCCUUUCAGGCAUUGCCUGAGAUUCUUUGUAGGAUUGUGGCUGGAGGCCAGGAUGUUCUAAUAGGAAGCUCCUUCCUUUAUGACAUCACCAGACAGAGAGGUAGUUAAGGGGACUAUCUGAGACAUUCUUAGAACAGCAGCUCUUAAAACUGAGGGUAAAUAUUCAGGCAUCAUUAGGACCCUGAAUACAAGUCAGCCAAGAAAUAUGGGAUCUACCCAGAGGGGCACAGUCUAUCAGGUGGUCAAGACAAAUAAAGUUGGGUCCAAAGUAGCAGUGUCAGCACAUAAAGGGACUGAGGUUAGUUACACAACCCCUCACCGGGGACAUGGGUAUGUUGUUGCCUCAAGCCAGCGAGGUGCUGCUGUAUCCGUGAGCUCUCCUUCCCAUCGAAAGUCAGAAGCUGCACAGUCCUGCACAUCAGACUACCCUCGACCUUUCUCCCCCCAGUCAGGGCCUAGCCUCUCCUCCCCUCGGGGCACCGAGACCCGGCCAAGAUCAGAAGCAUCCCGCCAAACCUCUCCUCACCGAAAGAGCCAGCAAACUCAGAUGGCGGCGGCAGCUUCCCACAGUGUUUCCAUACAGCGGAAUGUUAGUUCACCUAGGGAGGAAGCAACACGAAAAAGUACGUCUCUUGCAGGGCGUGAGAACAGCUAUCGUUCCUCAUUACCUGCAGGUGCCAGAGCCACUCGCAGGUUGAGUUUUCUAGACCAGAAGGAUAACUUAGAAGGCUUACAAGAGCAAGAACCACCCUCCAAGGUCCAGAACCCACAAGGAGUCAGAAUUCCCCGUAAGAUUUCGGUUCAUCCAAAGGAUGAAGCAGUUCAAACUGACCCCAUCCGGAGGACUUUGACUGCUGCUGAUAUCAGAUCUCCAAGGAGACCCGCUAGCCCAGAACACAGCAGCAGCCGGUCUGCAGAGCCUCGAACAGCCCAGAGAAGGAUCCCUGGCCAAGAGCCUGAAGUGGGUCCUCGCAGCUCAAUUUAUUCAGAAGCCAAGGCCUUGAAUAGGAAUGCAAACUUGGAAUCAUCCCUCAAAUUUUCUAUUCUUAGAGAUUUGGAUAGUGGGCACCGAGUUUCUAUGCGUACAGACCCUGAGUCGGCCCACAAGUAUUCUGUCUAUGCCGAACCCAAGACAUCCACAAAGGUCAUAAUGUCAUCGGGGGUGGAGUCCAACAUGAGGUCCUCAACCAGAGGAGACAGCGAGUCCGGCCGCAGGGUCACCAUCUCAUCAGGGGGACAAUCAGUACAGACAACUCAACGUGCAACAGUUCGAGCAGCACCUGAGAGCUCCCACAAAUCUUCCAUCUUUGUGAAUCCAGAGCCUGUCUAUAAGCAGCACAUCCAAAGACCCCCAGAACCUGUCCACACAUCCGCAGGACCUGCUCGAAAACCCUCUGUCCACGUGGAAUUGGAACUGACCCCUCGGCCCUUACCCCCGCGAUCCUUACCUAGGUAUGGGCCUGACUCCUCAUGGUGGGCCUUACUCAAUCCUGAACUCGAAAUGCCCCAAAGCCGACCAACAACACCUGAUUUUGAGCCUAAGUCCCCUGUCCCCCUAGACUCUUUUUUGUCCUUUUUUGAAAUGGACUCAAGUCCUGUCUGUGAGGAUCUGAUGUUCCAGAGAGAGAAUGCAAGUCCAUCACCACCAUCAGCAUCACCGCCACCAGCAAAGGAGUCUCCAAACCGGGCACCAUUGAGAGAAGUGCCGCAGGCCCCCAAGCACACUUCCAAACAACCCAUUCAAAGGUUUAGUGCUUUCUUCUUGGAUGUCUCUGAGGAAAUGUACAAUCGUGUCAUCUGGUGGCUAAAAGAUGAGGAGAUCAAGCGCUUCCUGGAGGAAACAGAUGAUACAGAACUGACCAAGUUCGUGAAGGAUUUCCCAGGGAGCGAGAGCUGCCGCCCACCAGAGGCCAAAACCUGGGUGCCCAGGCCUCAAAUCCCGGAGCCAAGGCCCCAGGCUCCAGACCUCUGCGAUGAUGACCUGGACUUCAGAGCCCCCUCAUGGUCCCAGCCCUCUGACAGCCACCAGCACUUCUGUGCCCCAGCCCCCCUCAGCCCCUCAGCCAGGCCCCGCAGCCCGUGGGGCAAGCUCGAUCCCUAUGACUCCUCUGAGGAUGACAAGGAGUAUGUGGGCUUUGCGACCCUCCCCAACCAGGUCCACCGAAAGUCUGUGAAGAAAGGCUUUGACUUUACCCUCAUGGUGGCAGGAGAGUCUGGCCUGGGUAAAUCCACCCUUGUCAAUAGCCUCUUCCUCACUGAUCUGUACCAGGACCGGAAGCUCCUGAGUGCUGAAGAGCGGAUCAUGCAAACUGUGGAGAUCACCAAGCAUGCAGUGGACAUAGAAGAAAAGGGCGUGAGGCUGCGGCUAACCAUUGUGGACACACCAGGUUUUGGGGAUGCAGUCAACAACACAGAGUGCUGGAAGCCUGUGGCAGAAUACAUCGACCAGCAGUUUGAGCAGUAUUUCCGAGAUGAGAGCGGCCUGAACCGCAAGAACAUCCAAGACAACAGGGUGCACUGCUGCCUGUACUUCAUCUCGCCCUUCGGCCACGGGCUCCGGCCACUGGACGUUGAAUUCAUGAAGGCCUUGCAUCAGCGGGUCAACAUCGUGCCUAUCUUGGCUAAGGCAGACACACUGACACCUCCUGAAGUGGAAUACAAGAAACGCAAAAUCCGGGAGGAGAUUGAGCACUUUGGAAUCAAGAUCUACCAGUUCCCAGACUGUGACUCGGAUGAGGAUGAGGACUUCAAAUUGCAGGACCAAGCCCUAAAGGAAAGCAUCCCAUUUGCUGUAAUUGGCAGUAAUACUGUGGUAGAGGCCAGAGGGCGGCGAGUUCGGGGCCGGCUCUACCCCUGGGGCAUCGUGGAAGUGGAAAACCCAGGGCACUGCGACUUUGUGAAGCUGAGGACAAUGCUGGUGCGUACCCACAUGCAGGACCUGAAGGAUGUGACACGGGAGACACACUAUGAGAACUACCGGGCACAGUGCAUCCAGAGCAUGACCCGCAUGGUGGUGAAGGAACGGAAUCGCAACAAACUGACUCGAGAGAGUGGUACUGACUUCCCCAUCCCUGCUGGCCCACUAGGGACAGAUCCAGAAACUGAGAAGCUGAUACGAGAGAAAGAUGAGGAGCUGCGGCGGAUGCAGGAGAUGCUACACAAAAUCCAAAGACAGAUGAAGGAGACCUAUUAGCUGGCUUUCAGCCCUGGAUGUUUAAAUCUCCUCCUCUUUCUCCUGCCCAUGCCGGACCUUCCCAGCACCAGCUCUGCUCAGGCCCCUGCAGCUACUGCCACUUCGCCUUACAUCCCUGCUGCCUCCCCAGAGACUCAGAGGAAAUAAAGUUUAACAAAUCUAUAGGUGGCUUCUGGUGUCCCUUUCUGUAUCUUUAUCACCUCCUGGAGACCAAAAAGAUCUUAGGACUCAGUUUUGAAAGUCUGCUGGAGGAAGGUGCUAGUUUCUGGAUUUUAUUAGGGAAGGGAGAAAGGGGAAAACUUUGCCAUCACUGCUUAGAAUCCAGCCUAUCUCCUCCAUCUUAAUGGCCAUCCAUCCUUCCUCUGGUGAGCCCCUGGGUGAUGCAAACGGUAAAGUGCCCAACUACUAGCCUAAAAGUUGGUAGUUCCAACCCACCCAGAGGCACCCAGAAGACAGGCCUGCUUCGAAAAGGUCACAGCCUUGAAAACCCUAUAGAGCACAGUUUUACUCCACAACACAUGGGGUUGCCAUGAGUCAGAAUCAACUCCCGGGCAACUAACAACCACCUUCCUCUAGCCUGAGACUCUUUCCACAUACAGUAACUUCAAUUCUGUAGCAGCCCCUUGGUUUUGGAUAUGAUGUCUCCCUUUGGGAAAACACAGGGUAAUAACUGCAUGCAGCCUCCUGACUUCCUAUUUCUUCUGAUUUUGGGAAAGGGACAUGUGGAAUUAAGCCUUGGAUAGAAUAUUCAACAACCCCUGAAGCCCCUGUAAUCACCAAACACUAUAGUGAGUGCUGGGAAUGAGUUAAGUACAAUCAUUGUCCUGGAAGAGGUCUGUAACAAAUAUUUAUUAAAUAUCUACUUGGUUGCAGGCAUUGUUCUAGACCCUGGAGUUAAAGCAGUGAACACAGGCAAGGUUCCUGUUUUCGUGGAUCUGACUGUAGU